AUGUCGGGAUCUUUUUGGAAGUUUGGACAGGAUUAUUCAAAUGAAUCAUCGAUAUCUAAAAUAUUAGACAGGGCGUUUAUUAAAAUUGAAAAACCAUUAAAAAAAGAAUCAUCUGAUACAUUAGAUGACACCAAUAAUGAUGAAGAAAAAUUAGAAGCGGAUGAAUCACUUCCUAAUUCGGAAGCUGGCUUCAAAAACUACAAACCAAAUUUAGAAAUAUUAGAUGAAUUGUUAGAUGAUGAAGAACUGUAUACAGAAUUAAUGUGCUCCAAUUUCAAACUACUGAUAUAUAUAAAGUAUCCAGAGGUCUUAUUGCGAUUGUUAGACUAUGUAAAAUUUGAUGAACAUGUGAAAGAUGAAGAAAAUCCUAGUGAUAACGGUGACUCGGAGAGCGAUGAUGAUAAUGAGUCUGACGGAUUUCCUAAAGAAGAAGAAAGUGACGACCGAAAUGAUUCUGAUGGAACAGUAUCCGAAGUAUCAGAAGAUAAUAGUGUGACUUUGCCAGUAGUAAUGGAAGAACAAGUCGAAGUGCAAAGAGCACAUGUAGCUGCGGAGGUUUUAUCUGCUGAAGUAUGGGCUAUUUCCUCGGCUAUUAUGGAACAAGAAGAAUUUUUGGAAAAAUUAUGGUCAAUUAUGGAUCAUUCAGUUCCAUUAUCUAUCGAGACUUCAACUUACUUUAUGAAAAUAAAUGAAAGGCUGUUGGAUAUGGAUAUUACUGGAAUGGUAUCAUUUAUUCUAGGGCAAGAAAAUUUAGUUGAUCGCUUCCUAAACCAUAUAGAUAACCCACCGUUAUUAGAUUUCCUCUUGAAGGUGAUUUCCUCUGAUAAACCCGAUGCUCCUACAGGUGUAAUUGAAUGUGUGAAAUCCCAGAAUUUAAUACCGAGAUUAAUCGAUUGUCUUUCAAAUGAACAUGAUGCUUCCAUACAAACAGCCGCUGCAGACUUCUUAAAGGCAUUUGUUACUAUAAGUGGGAAUUGUAAUAAUGAAAUCGCAUCUGGUAUUGGACCAAACGAACUAACGCGUCAAUUAGUGUCUAGAGAUAUCAUGGAAAAGUUAAUUAACAACAUGUUAGAUGGUGGCACGGCGUUAAGCAACAGUGUAGGUAUUAUUAUCGAACUGAUAAGAAAAAACAACUCAGAUUAUGAUUUUGUUCAAGUUCUUUAUACAACUUUAGAAACACAUCCACCAAGUGAUAAAGAUCCAAUUUAUUUAGGUCCAUUGAUAACAUUAUUUGCAGAAUAUAUGCCUAAAUUUACGAAAUUAUUAAGAGAUACUAAUUCAACUAUGUUAAGAACAUCAUUUGGUAAUAUUGAACCGUUAGGGUUUGAAAGAUUCAAGGUGUGUGAAUUGAUAGCUGAAUUAUUACAUUGUUCCAAUAUGAGUCUUCUCAACGAAUUGAAAGCUGAGUCUAUUAUUAAUGAAAGGGACGCUGAAAGAGUUCGAUUGUUAUCCUUAGCAAAGGAUUCUGAAGGAACGACCCCUGUUAACAAUAAUGAUAUUGAUAUAGAAGAUAUCAGUGUAACAGAAAAAUUAAAUUCCCUCGAUUUGAAAACGGACGACAAUGAUGAAGUUUCUUCCGCUGCCGAUGGAUCAGUGACUAAAGUGGCUUCAGAGGAAGGUGAUACCGAUGUUGAGGUACUAGAAGGAGAUGUUAUUGAUGAUUCAGAAGAGCUGGAAAAACAAAUACGUGACUAUCCAACUCCUGGGGACUUGUUAAAGAUGUCUCUAUAUGAUACAAAGAUUGUUACAGAUAUACUGAACAUGUUCUUCAGUUUUCCCUGGAAUAACUUUCUUCAUAAUGUUGUUUUCGAUAUUAUCCAGCAAAUAUUUAAUGGCCCCUUGAAGACAGGUUAUAAUGUAUUUCUUUUAAAAGAUUUAUUAGUAAACAUCAAAAUUAGCAAACUGAUAAUAGAAGGUGAUAAAAAAAGCUCACUUUAUGAAGAGAAGACCGAUUUUAGGCUAGGUUAUAUGGGUCAUUUGACGUUGAUCGGUGAAGAAAUAUUGAAAUUGGCAGCAUAUAUUGAAGAAACAAAGAUAUCUUUCAGCAAUACUGAUAUAAUGGAUGCAUUAAACAACACAGAAUGGAUAAACUAUGCAGAUACGACACUUGCAGACACUCGAGAAAAAUAUGAAACUCCUUUAGGGGAAUGCGUUGAUGAAAUUCUUGGCUUUGAAAAUCAAGAAGGAGAGGAUGGUACAUCAUUUGACUCAGUAGAGAUAUCACCGGAAUUAUUAGGUAAUGAUGUUGAAGAAUACUAUACGGAGAAUAAUGGAGAUGACGAGGAUUAUAAUAUCGAAUUUAACAAUUCUUCUAUGUUAAAUAGUUUCCAUCAAUCGUCUGAAUUUGGUGACGAUGACGAUGAAGACGAUGAACGAGAAGUAGUUGGUUAUGAUGAUGAAGAUCCAGGGAAUUAUGACCCUUAUAAUGAUGAUACCGGUACUCGAUACUAUGAGUAUACUGAUCCUGAUGGAACUACAACAAAAUUAAAUUUUUCAUUAAACAAUAUAGAACAUGAACCUUCUGAUUUUACCAAGAUGAAACCAUACGGGACAAAAUUAGAUGAUCAUGCUAAUAAGAAAGAUAAGAGGGAUAAGAGUGGUCAAUCUGUAGCCAAACCAUUUUCCUGGAAAAACAUACGAACUCAAGCGGUUCCUGCGGAACCAGAAAUACAUGAUGAAGACAUAUUUCAACAUCAAUUUGAGCAUGACUGCUUAAAUGAUGAUGAUAACGAUGCUUAUCUAGAUCCUAAUGAUGAUGGUCAAUCGUACUCUAAGUUGAAUAAUCCGUUAUAUAGUGAUAUGAUGGAUCUUCAUUCAUUGCAACGAACUAAGGGCCUAUAUUAUUCCAGAUCACUACCGCUAGAUGACAGCGAACCAGAGGAAGAAACUAUUGAUGAAGAAGAAGCAGAAGAGGAUAACUUCAGUGAUGACAGUGAUUUUGGAUUAGAAGACGACCUAGGAAACGACAUUUAUGGUAAUGGCAAAGACGAUGGGAACGAUAUAUAUUCAUUAUGCCGGACGACAAGUAAAGACAAUCUCUCAUGGGACGAAGAUGAACAAGAAAGGCUGGAAGGUAUGGUUAACUAUACCAAUCGAUGGAAAGAUCAUAGCAAUUAA